AAAUAUGUCACCUACCAAUAUCUUGGAUGAUGUGAACCUUACUGCCGUACAGUCAUUAAAGCGAACACCUGUCACAGCGCGGAGAGUAUCAGGCAAAAUAUGGAAAAACCCCAAGCUUGCGACUCGGCGCUCUCAAAUGUCAAAGUCCCUUCGUAAGACCUGGGAUCAGCGUGUUCAAGAGCGUAAAGAACGUGAAGCUCUCAAACUAAUAGAGAAAGAGAUCAAAGACAGAGAAGAAGCAAAGAAGCAACAAAGGAAAGAGGCCAUUUUGAAGAAGAAAAAGGCACAGGAAGAGAGGGAACGUCUUGAACAUCUAGCCGCUGUGUAUUCAGCCAAGAAGAUGAAACGAUUAAAGAAAAGACUUGGCAGGAGAAAAUGA